AGUGAAGGUUGGGGAGAGGAAGCAAAGACAAAAUUUUUAGAAAUGGUAAAUAAUAAAGCUGUUUCAAUGACUGUAUUUAGAGAAGAGGAUGGUGUUCUCAUUGUGGAUUUGAGAAAACCUCCAUUUAAUAAAAUAAGCAAUAACAUGCCAGUGUCUCUCAAGGAUGCUUUAGUUUUUUUAGACUUGGCAAGGUUUAGAUCACAGCUUCCUGGUCAGCUGGAAAAGAAAACCAUCUUGCAAUAUAGUCCGCAUAAGAUGCCACAAGAAAGAGAAGUCUCUGUCAUAGUUUGUCACGUUAAUAGUCCAAGUGAUUUCUAUCUCCAGUUGAGAAAUAGCCAGGAUUUCUUCGCUCUUUCAAAGAAGAUUCAGGAGGAGUAUAAGCAUGAGUACGGGAAAAACUUGGAAAUUGUCUGCCCAAUUGAAGGCCAAGCCUGUAUUGCAAAACAAGAAGAUGGAAGUUGGUGCAGAGCACAGAUUAUAGGGCUGCCAAGUUAUGAAGAAGUUACCAUAAAAUAUGUUGACUUUGGCAGUGUUGCUAACGUAACUCUUGAAGAUAUACGCAGAAUAAAAAGGAAGUUUCUGAGCCUUCCAGAACAGGCAAUCAGGUGCAGACUGGCUUGCAUUGAGCCUUACAAAGGGGCUGCUGAGUGGAACAAAGAAGCCAAGGAAAGAUUUAAACAAAUAACUGAAGAUAAACUUAUGCUGUGUACAGUUUUUGAAAUUUUAGACAAUAACAUCCUAUCUGUUGAACUCUUGGGCUCCUCUGCUCUUCAUGGAAGAAACUUCAGUAUUAACUGCCAGCUAGUUGAAGAAAACCUAGCAUCCUACGUAUCUGGGCAUACUCUAAGUACUGCUGUAAGGCCCAAUGAAAUAUGGGAUUUACCUCUAGAAGUUCCUGAAACCUUGGAAUCUUUAAAUCCCAUAGACUUGGAAUCUGUAGAUGAAGGAGAUUUCAAAUCCCUUUCUCAGAAAGAGCUACAAGCAACAGUUAGUCAUGUUGUAUCUCCUAGUAAAAUUUUUAUACGAUGGCUCUCAUCAGAAUGUAUACUGAAAAGUUUACAGGAGAAGAUGGCUACCAUCUACAAAGAAUCCCAGCCACAGACAGUAAAGUGGGAGAGUAGUAUGCACUGUGCUGUUUAUCUACAAGAUUUGAAACAGUGGCAAAGAGGUUGCAUCAGCAGGACUGUGUCUGAAACAAGUGCAGAGGUAAUACUUUAUGAUUCUGGAGCUGAAGAAACAGUGGAUAUCAGCUGUCUAAGAGAACUUGAGGAAAAUAUGAAGACAAUUAGGAUAUUAGCAGUAGAAUGUUCCUUGACAGAUCUAAGACCAACAGGUGGAAGCACGCAGUGGACAUCGACAGUCUGCGAGUUUUUAUCAUAUUACCUAACAGAGGCACAAGUAAAAAUAAUCAUACAGGACAGUGAUGUGGCUUGUGUGUUACCUGUGAAAAUUCUUUGCAAGGAUGAAACGGGACAAUUCAUUGAUAUUUCAGAACACCUUGUUAAAAAGGGUUUGGCUCUUAGAAAGAGAAGAACUGAUAAAGCUGGUGUGGCUUGCUUGGUGUCCAAGGAACAUCUUACAGUACGCUCGGAGCAAGAGAACACACAGGUGGAUGGUUGUAGUUCCAAAACCCCAUGUGGAAGGACCAGUGCUGUUGCAGAGGAAAACAUUGCUGUUUCAGAGAGUCAACAAAAAUCCUGCAAAACAUACAAGUCACUGCAUUGUUCAGGAAUGAAUGAAGUUUAUAAAUCCCCCAUUAUUCCUGAAGCAAAAAUAUUUCAAGCCAGAGUGAGUUACGUUGGACGUGAUGGAACUAUUUAUGUAAUACCUAAAGCAUUUGAAACUGCACUAAACAAGUUGAUGACUGAAAUACAAAGUAAUUUCAAAUGCCUUGGUCUUCUGGAACCCUAUUGCUGGAAAGUUGGAGAGGCUUGUGUUGUAAGAGGACCAGAUACCACGUGGUAUCGAGGUAAAGUUGUAGGAGUCAGUAUUGGUACUGUCCAGGUACAGUACAUAGACCAUGGUUGCACAGAGAGAAUUCCUCCGUUUCAUCUGUAUCCCACUACACUGUAUACUGGUAUUCCUCCAUUUUGCAUGCCAUGUCAGCUCCACAAGAUGGUACCAAUUGGAAAUUUUUGGCAACAGGAUGCAGUAGAUUGUCUUCAAGAACUACUUACAGAUGAAGAGGUUGAAAUACAUGUUCAGGAGUUACCAGAUAACCCAUCGGGCAAAGUGUCCAUCAACCUGUAUUUUGGUGGAAUCUCACUUUCUUCCUUCAUGGCAUUUCUUAAGUUCUGUGUUGCUGAAGAUUGUGAGGACAUAGCAGAGCUGGAGCUACUUGAAGGAAACAUUCCUGUUCUGCCUUCAUAUGCGUUGCCACCACUACCUGUCCCAGGAGAUUCCUUUCCUGUUACAGUUACCCAUUUGGUGUCCCCUCAGGAGGUGUAUAUUUGCCUUACGAAGCCGUCUGCAGCAGAGGGAGAUGCCAACUGUGACUUGAUGUUGGAGAGCCUUGACGAAGCUCUGAGGUGGUGUAAUAAAAUUGUGGCGUGUCUUCCUCUUCUAACACACUUCCAACCAGAAAUGCCUUGCCUUGUAGAAUACCAGGAUGGUUUAUGGUAUAGAGCAAAGGUCCUCUCUGUUAAAGAAUCAGACCCUGUUAAGACCGUGGUUCAAUUUGUUGACUAUGGUAAUUUUGCAGUUGUCCCAACAAGCAGAUUGCGUCACAUACCUUAUUACCUGCUGAAGUAUCCUGUUCAGGCAGUACGAGCAAUGUUGGCUGGAUUUAAACCUGCUCUAUCAGACAAAAACGUGGAAAGACUUCCUUAUCGCCCAGAAUGGAGUAUGAAAGCACUGUGGGCUAUGAUGGAGUGUCUUGAAGGAAGACAGCUCUCUGCUUCCAUGCUUGCUCUUUCACCAGAGGUCACCAUUUGUUUGUAUGAUGAUGACAAAAAUCUAAUUCAUAUGAAACUGAUAGAAAUGGGACUUGCAGAUUUGGAUGAGUGA